AGGAGCUAAUAUUUGUUAAUAACACAGCAUUGAAGCGCCUCUGGAGCAUGUUUGUUUUUGUAUUAAGUGUAUUUUAGCAGCCAGGUCUUGUUUUUCACAUUUGGCCGUGUUUAUGUUAACAGGACCAGUGGGUAAAUGGGGUGAGAGGUCAUGUUUCUCCACAAUGAACCCAGUCCGCAAACGCCUCAAACUAAGCCCAUCCGAACUGCAGCAUGCAACUGGCAUCACCAGCACUGCCCAGUGUGUCAGACCGCCUCAGCUCAACUCCCAUGAUGCUUUGAUGCUGCCAGGAGCCAGAGCAGAGCAGGAAGAAGAGGAGGGGUACCUGCUGGUGGAGGAAGAUACCACUGAUUCCAGCCUCGUCAUCACUAUGGAGGACAGUCAGGUGAAGGUAAAGACAGCGAGAAGGAAGGCACCGAAGAGGAAAAAGCGCACACUGAACGAGGGAGGACAUGAUGAAAAGAGCAGGACCUCUGAAACCGAGGAAGAGGAAGAGACAGGAGUGGAAGUGGAGAUUGACACCCAGCUGGACCAAUCACUGGAGACAAAGUCCAAACAACACAACCUUACCACUGUGAAUGUCAAAAACAUCAUCCACGAAGUGAUCACCAAUGAACAUGUGGUGGCAAUGAUGAAAGCUGCCAUCAAUGAGACAGAGACAGUCCCUCCGUUUGAGCCUAAAAUGACUCGAUCCAAGUUAAAAGAAGUGGUAGAGAAGGGAGUGGUGAUUCCCACCUGGAACAUCUCACCCAUUAAGAAAAGCAGUGACAUCAACAAGGCUCCUCAGUUUGUGGACAUUCCUCUGGCUGAGGAGGACUCAUCCGAUGAAGARUAUCGCCCUGAUGAAGAAGAUGAAGACGAAACGGCUGAAGACACGUUCCAGGAGAGCGACAUGGAGAGCACAGCGUCGUCUCCAAGAGGGAGUCGACUCAGCAGAGCGGAGGAGGACAGCUGCAGCCCCUGGCAGACGUCUCGGUUUAAACCCAGACGUGUCAAGGUGGGCUUAAUGGGUCCUCCCCCUCCCCCCAAAGCCCUGCCGCCUAAAGGUGUGACUGACAGCAUCUUCCUGGAGAAACUUCAUGCUGUUGAAGAGGAGCUGGCAGAUUGUAUGGAGCCCUAUCAGCCUCUGUCUGAGUCCGAGGAUGAGUCAGGUGUGAUGGCGUGCCGGACUAGGUCCAAGCGUCCUCUCCGAAAYGUCCCGCUCGGUCAGCUGGAGGCGGAGCUCCGAGCCCCCGACAUAACUCCAGACAUGUACGACUCCAACUCUGCGCCYGAGGACAAGGACUGGACGGACUGGUUGAUAGGCCUGAUGAGCUCAGAUGUAGAUAACGAAGAGGAGUGUGAUGAUGAUGACGAUCCUGAGUACAACUUCCUGGCUGACACAGACGAGCCUGAUUUGGAGGAUUACCGCGACGACAAGGCUGUCCGGAUCACAAAGAAAGAGGUGAACGAGCUGAUGGAGGAGCUGUUUGAAACGUUGAAAGAGGACUUGGCCGGACAGGAAGUGGAGGACGAAGGCCACGAGGAAGAGGAGGAGCCACAGGAGGAGUCGCACUCCGCUCGGACGCGCACGUUUGAAGGGCAGCACAGAGGACCGGCCGACGACGAGGCGGAGGACGAACCAAUCACAGAGCUGCGCACGGUGAGGCAGCAGCUGGCGUUGAUCAGGAAGCGACGGCAGACGAACGCGUCGUACGGCGUGCACUGUCCGGAACCGUACACGCUGAAGCUGAGCGCUCAGCAGAAGCAGAGGCUGGAGCAGCAGCUUCAACAGUGCGCUGCUUCCCCGUCAUGCCCGCUGAGCUGGCCUGGUUAUUAGCCACUCGUCCAGUCUUCCUGUACCCGGAGCUGCUGCCCUGUGCCAGCCUCGACCCUGCCAUGUACUGCCCCCGCAGGACGGCGGCUUUCACUGCAGCUGAGGACUGUCUGCUGGUUCUGGGCCUCAGGAACAUGGAGGGGGCAUCUGACCCACCCAAGCUCGUAUCUCAGUUUCUGCUGAGGAAAACCGUGGUACAGGUCCGACGGAGAAUCCUGCAGUGCUGCAGACCCGGUACACCCGACAACAUUGUCAAGGCCUACAGGUACCAGCAGGUGGUGCGGUCGAUGCCAGUGGCCUGUCGUCACGUGGAUCCAGCGGUGAGACGACCACCUGUGGAGCGAGAGCAGCUCGUCCUGCCUCUGUGGCUCGUGCGAAGCCUCCCCAUCAUCUAUCCGACCAUCAAGCACUUCAACAACCCRUCUGGCCCUGCCCCAGAAGCCCCGCCCUCCUGCAGGAGAGCUAAGGUGCGUCACAGUCACCUGGCCUUCGUGCGCUCCGCCCUGGACACCUACAGCUUCCCACCUGGGACCAGAUACCCGCCUCGCCUCCCCACAAACCUGGACUUUAAACGGAUGGGGUUCGUCCUCCUACAGCAGCCCGUCCCCUCUCCUCCUCGUGRCUCCUCCUCCUCCUCCUGA